GUCAAUGUGUGGAAAGUGGCGAACCACUGGCAGCGAUCUCAUAUUCGCGAUCAGGCUGUCGACACGACAACAACCCUUCUUUUCUAAGAUUUCGAUGAUAUCGGCCGAGCAAGUGUUUUUCCACUAAACUUUUGUGAUUCUUCGAAGGAGAGACAAAGAAAGAGAAGAUAGUCGAAAGCUGUGAUCGAGACAAGGAGAGAUGUAUCGAAAGUUCGCGAUUCUUUUCGUCGUACUCGCACCUUUCUUUUUGGCGGUUCGAUCAGAUGAUGUAUUGAAAUGUUACAUGUGUACAUCAGUUACGGAUAAAGAUUGCGGGGAUGAUAUAAUAAAAUCACAGGCAAUCGAGCCAAUGGAAUGUACGAUGGAAGAAAUGACGAAAUGGCAGAACACUAUUCAACAGAAUAAGUUACUUACACCAAUUUUCAGUAUUUUUGCUGUCGAUAAUCCUCAACAAAAUAAAAAAAUAUUGAAGAACAUGGCUUGUGCCAAGGUUGAUACCAAAAUUCAAGGCCAAGACAAAAUAGUGACGAUAAGAAGCUGCCAAACCGCACAAGCAGAAAAUGUUGAUCCUUGCACCUCGAUAGAAGGUAAACUUCUCGGUGGCAUGGAAUAUUGUGGAUUAUGCGAAGAAAAUGGUUGCAACGGUUCGAUAACAAUUUCCCCGAGUAUCAGUAAUAUUAUUUUCACCGUCCUAGCAUCAUUUGCCUCUGCUCUUAUCCUUUACAGAAAUGCAUAACCUCCAACGUUCACUAUCACCUUCCAUUUUCCAAAUUAAUCCGUAAAUUCAUAUCCACUUUCGAAUCAGAGUUAUCGUCGUUGCAUGUGCCUCUUUUUACCAUGAAAAUCUAUACCCUCCUCAAGUGUCCAAAGCAAUUUCAGCACAAACCACGAUAUUUUUUUUAAUUUCUUAGUAUAUGUCGUAUUCAAAAUCCAAUACGAAUAUCUAAUCUCGAA